AAGCUACAUCUUAUUUUCUCGAAUGCAAAGUCCGGGGGAAGAGGUUGAGAGAGUGAAUUGACACGCAAGACUGUGCGCCCUCCUCGUCUCGAAAUUGCAGGUGUAUCCCGUGAGGAAGCUUGGGCAUGGAAGCACAGCAAAACAGAAGGAACGGCGUGGACCGUAGCAGCUCUUUCCGUCACCCUUCCCCUUCCAUUGGAAGGUCCCCACAAACAGCUCCUUCCCCAAACUCGCUCCCAAGAUCCCGUGCCUACCCUGCGACAGCGACCCGCCCAAGGCACGCACUUUCCUCAAGUGCGCCAACGACAAAUUCGAGGGAAAAGCUCUUUUGCGACCUGACUUUCUUACCUCAUCCAUUGACCAUUCCAAGAAAGUUGCUGAAAGCUUCUCGAUCAACUCCACCCUGGCAAUCUAAUUUUGCCGACAAUCGGCCAGUCAUUCCUCUAACCGCGGCAACUUGUCUUCGUCCUGUGCGUAUUCGUCGGACAUCAGGCACAUCCCACUGCUCGGGGCAACAGCGUCCGGCGAGAGCCGAAGACAGAAAAAACAAAAUCUCACUGCACUACAUCGCGAGAUCCCACAGGGCCCACCGGCAGCUAUCCGCGCUCCUUGCAAAAGAACAAUACAAGAAAAGUAGGUCAACAUCCAGCAAACCCUGACCGCAACAAAGAUGCAGGGGAUUCGAACAGAACCCCCGGCCGCCAGAGGGCGGUGAAGAGGCAAAGACAGCCAUAGCUUCUCCCAACGCCCUUCACCGAUGGCUCAUCCCGACGCCUACCCGCCGUGGAUGCAUAGACCCCGAGUGCUCUAUCCACAACCUCACCUAGACCCUUGAGAGCAAGCAAGGCAAGCCAACGCGCUUGGAGAUCCCGGACCAACGAUAAGCCUCAAUCAAGGAAGGGAUGGGAUGUCUGGUUACCUUGCGGUCAAACGUU